AUGCCUUUUACUGAUAGAAAAAAAUACAUUGAAGAGGGAGAUCUUGUGCUUGUUUAUGUUUCACGUACUAUCAUCAAGCCAAUCUAUGUAACGAAAGGUGAACAUUUCAAUACUAGAUUUGGCUCGUUUCCUCAUGAUUCAAUGAUUGGAUUAGAGUUUGGCUCCCAGAUAACGACUCCAAAGGAUCGUGGGUUUGUCUAUCUACUCCAGCCAACUCCAGAGUUGUGGACCAUGUCCUUGCCUCAUAGGACACAGAUUGUUUAUACCCCGGACUCAAGUUAUAUCUUACAACGUUUGAAUGUUCAUCCCGGUUCGAGAGUCAUUGAGGCAGGAACUGGUUCUGGUUCCUUCACACAUGCGUUUGCCAGAACUGUGAAUGAUGAGGGUAAGCUUUUCACUUUUGAAUUCCAUGAAGAGAGAUAUCAGAAAGCUAAGGAAGAAUUUGAGGCACAUCAGUUAAAUAAUAUUAUAAUAACACACAGAGAUGUUUGUAAAAACGGUUUUGAAAUAGAUAAUGUUGACCUUCAAGCAGACACUAUCUUUUUAGACUUACCUUCUCCGUGGGAAGCAAUUCCCCUUUUGAAGAAGGUCACAACAAAUGAUAAGCAAAUUGGAAUUUGUUGUUUCUUACCAUGUUUUGAGCAGGUUGUCAAAGCUGUGGAGGCUCUCCAAAACGAGGGUUGGAUAGAUGUGGAGUUGACAGACGUAUCUGGCAGACUAUGGGAAUCACAUAAAGCAAUGAAAAGAGAGGUUGAUGAUGCAGUGAAGCGUUUAAGGUACGUGAAGGAAAGACAGCGUGAAGGUUUAGAAUUAAUCAAAGCGGGAAAGCAUCCAAGAAAGGAAAACGAAACAAAGGAAAACGAAACAAAGGAAAAGGAUUAUGGCUUCAAUCCAUUUGGUAGAGGCAAGCGUAUCUUAGAAGGUGAAGAUGGUUUCGAAUGGUUUGACGUUUCAAGGCUUGAAAGCGAGGUCAAAACACAUACUUCUUACCUGGUGUUCGCUAGAAAGAUGCCGCCAAUGGUCAGGAAGCUAGAGAACACUAGAGAUUCUGUAUAA